AUGGCUUCGUUCUUUCAGAUUGGUCAUAGCAACUGCGACAGUUUCUCAGACAGCAACCCGUUGGUGAAGCCCUUUAGCAGUGAUAGCGUUUCGCCCGCCCAGACAUUGACGAGUAAGGCUAAGCGCGAUUUAAUUACUGGAUCAGUUGUUGUCCCGAUAUCGGCAAAUACAGCACUCGAAAAUAUUAAAAUAUUUCGCGGAGUGGUAACGCUGCUUAGUGGAAGCUUCGCGGUUAUUCAGCCAGAGGGUCACAUCGGUUUUCUCAAAAACAACAGAAGUGAUAACUCAUUGAGGGACUUGAAAAUUGGUGACUGGGUAGCUGUCGCAGGCGUGCAAAGAGGCAAAAGUAUUGCAUAUGACAUUAUAAAUUUGCCGUCGCUGAUUAGUGCGGAAGCACCAACAAAAGUGAAGCGAGGGACAGUACUGGUGCUAUCAGAAGUCAAAGUGGAGUAUGCAAACGGCAAUGAAUUUUAUGCCAGUUCUCCAAUCCUUGGAACUGUUGUGGGUGUAACCGAUUUCUUGGCGAGAAAAGACGAUUGUAUUGUUGCGUGGUGUUGCCCUCGAGUUUGUGCUGAAUUUGAAAUUUUCUGGGAAGCUAUUGAAUUUUUGACUGCUUCAAAUAGUGUGCUAUCAGAAGUCAAAGUGGAGUAUGCAAACGGCAAUGAAUUUUAUGGCAAUUCUCCAAUCCUUGGAACUGUUGUGGGUGUAACCGAUUUCUUGGCGAGAAAAGACGAUUUUAUUGUUGCGUGGUGUUGCCCUCGAGUUUGUGCUGAAUUUGAAAUUUUCUGGGAAGCUAUUGAAUUUUUGACUGCUUCAAAUAGUGUGAGUUCGAAUGGAAAUUUCGCAUUUAUCACUUUUUCUAAAGCAGUUUAG